UUUAUAUUCUCCUCUCUUUCUCCAUCUUCCUUUCACUACCAUGCCAUUGAAGUUACUUCUGCAUAACCUGAGAAAUGAAGCACUCUGUUUUUGUUUCUGCAGCAAUCAUUGUUCUGUUAUUUCUUCCAAUUUUUGUGUCUGCAAGACAUAUAGGACGGCCACGCAUACAUCAUGGUCAUCAUCACCACUCCUCAUCAGAACAGAGUAUCAGAGAAGGAAAAGUGGCAAAACCCAAUUUGAAUUGGGAAAGAAAGCGAAUUAGAGGGGCUGAUACGCUAAAAAUUGCCGGGUCAAGCUUACCAGAUUGUUCGCAUGCUUGUGGAUCAUGCUCACCUUGUCGACUUGUUAUGGUCAGCUUUGUCUGUGCGUCAAUUGCAGAGGCAGAGACAUGUCCCAUGGCUUACAGGUGCAUGUGUCAUAACAAGUCUUAUCCUGUUCCAUGACCUUAAUACCGGCAAACCCAUAUCGUAAACAUAGUAGAUCAGUUGACUAAUCCUUUUUUUUCAACAAUUUUUUGUCUUUUCAAUCCUAGAUUGUAAGAUAGGCGUGACUUCCUGUUUGUAAUCGGAGAGGUUAAUUAAUUUUCCAAGUUGUCUUCCUUAUUUUUUGCACCUUCAUUAUUGC